UCUGUCUCUCAGCCGUGAACACUUCUGUCUGUCUCUGCAGAUGAAGCCCGCGGGUCUGAAGUCAGUGCGUCGGCCGUCUGAUCUGGAGGAGCAGCGCAGGAAGAAGACAGACAGUGAGGAGAAACUCCCUGACAAAAACCGCGUUCACUCCUUUAUCCUGGACUUGGAGCUGGGAACAGAGGAACGCCGCAAAAACAUUCGGAAAGACUCGCUUUCCAAAGAAAAGGAGCGCAAGGAGAAAGAGCGUGGCGUCCCUGACGAACGACUCAAGUCCAAACUCAAGACGGAGAGCAAGAAGAGCGGAGACGCUGCAGCCGACGAGAAAGACGGAGGGACUGCAAAAGGAGCAGCUGAUGAGAAGAAGGGGUCAAAGGUCAAGCCAGACAGGAAGAGUUCCGUGUCUUCCCGAGAAAGCAAGACGAGUGUGUCUGAAGCUGCAGAUGAAGGGAACCUGAAGAAAGGAAGGUCGGCUAUGAAUGAGAAGGAGAAACCGAAGGGCGACUCGAAGCUGCUCCGGCGUCUGGACUCCACCGGCUCCUCAGAGGAGAGGUCAGAGGUCGAGACGGGUUCAGAGCUCAGCCGGAAGAAAGACAAGCAGCCUAAAGAGAUUCUCAAGAGGUCAAAGAGUCACCCAGAGGCUAAACCAGGAGAGAAGCCCAAGGUGCGGACGGAUAGGAAGGAUUCCUCUGUGGACAAGACUCAUCCGCAGAAAUCCGGCUCGGAAACCGAGAGCGACGUCCGAAAGGCAGAGACGGGGCCAAAGGUCAAAUCCCUAACAGAGAAGCACAAGUCUAAACCCCAGAAUCCCACUGCGGGCAAAUCAGAGAAAAAAACGGAAGCCAAGAGUAAACCAGGAACCGCAGAACAGAAGAAAGAGGACAAGAAAACCUCAGAGGAGAAAACGAAGGAUGCAAAGGUCGCGAAGAAAACAGCCGAGAAGAAGGUGGAGAAAGAUUCCGAGAGCAAGUCUGGAGGGACGGAGAGCCCCGGCACCGGAGAACCAGUGGAUCAGACGCAUCCAGUGUUGACUGCACCAGAACCCCCCACCGUCUCCAGUUCCACACCUCUACCAGACGACCCUUACGCCGCUCUGAGCGACGUCACUCCCGAACCCGAGGACGAGGACGCGGUGCUCAAAGAGCCCCGCCCACUGACUGCAGAAGCCGACGCCCUCUUGAGCCUGAUGGAUGUCCACACCUCCGCCUCAGAGCUCGCUGUCCAGAGAGAAACGGAGGCUGAUAUGAAGAUGAAGGAAGCGGCACUUGCGCUGCUCUCCAUGGAUCCGGAUAUCGCGCGCUCCUCGGAUCUCAUCUCGGAUUCUCAGGUCGCUAUGGAGACACUCCCUGCAGGCACUGAGGACACAGGAAGUGGGUUAGAAUACUCCGAAAUUGAGUCAGCUGUGAUCGCUACAUCUGCCGCCGCAGCAGAGCCCAUGGAGACGGAUGCUCUCGGGAUACAGGAAGUGACAUCAGAGGCUGGUGAUGAGCAGACAGAUGAAAGAGACACACAAAUGCUUACAGCAGAUGCAGCCGAGCCCACCCAGACUCUCACUGCGGACGCAGCUGAAGGUACACAGACGACCACUGCAGACGCAACGGAGUCCACCCAGUCUCUCAUUGCAGAUGCAGACGAGUCCACGCAGACCCUUACUGCAGACGCAGCUGAAUCCACGUUCACCACAGAUGCAGCUGAGCUGGCAGACAUGGCAGAGUCCAUGCAAACACACACUGCAGACACAGCUGAGUCCGUGGAGACCUUCACUGCUGAGACAGGACAGACCCUCCAUGCAGACAUGGCUGUGUCACCUGCUCAGACCCUCACUGAAGAUGCAGCUGGAUCCACGCCAGAGGUUACAGCAGACACAGCUGAGCCUGCGCAGACCCUCACUGCAGACACAGCUGAGCCUGCGCAGACCCUCACUGCAGACACAAAAGAGACAGACACUGAUGAGCCUGCGCAGACCCUCACCGCAGACACAAAAGAGACAGACACAGCUGAGCCUGCGCAGACACUCACUGCAGACACAAAAGAGACAGACACUGAUGAGCCUGUGCAGACCGUUACUGCAGACACAGCUGAGCCUGCGCAGACACUCACCACAGACACAGCUGAGCCUGCGCAGACAGUCACCACAGACACAGCUGAGCCUGCGCAGACACUCACUGCAGACACAAAAGAGACAGACACUGAUGAGCCUGUGCAGACCAUCACCACAGAUAUAAAGGAGGCAGAUACAGCUGAGUCUGCGCAGACACUCACUGCAGAUGCAGCUGAGCCUGAGAUAGACUCUACAGAGCCAGGCGCUGCAUCUGUCUCAGACGAGCAGGAGCAGAAGUCAUCAGACGCCUCUGAGACGGUGGAGCAGACGGAGAGCGGCACGCGGAGAAGACGAUCAUCGGCUCAGAGGACAGCUAAUCAAACCAGCACCAAUGCUGAAAAAGAGCAAACAUCUUCUAAAGAGUGUGUGAUGUGUCAGUGUGAGGAUGAAGAGGAGGAGAGAUCGAGCAGGACUCCACGCAGAGGAAGAUCCUCCAGAGCGUCUGAUGCUCCUCAGAGAGAAACACGCUCUGCUUCACAACCCAAGGAGGCGGAGCCAGCCGUGGAGGAGGAGCCAAAAGAGCAGGGCCGCAGAAGUCGCCGCUCCGCAGCCCAGACCAGAGACGCUCCUGCAGUGAAACCUGCACUGAAAAGGAAGAGAUCAGACGAUCUUCCUGCUUCUGCUCCAGACUCGACAGCGGAGGUGAAGGAAGAACCAGAACAAUCUGCCAAACAGAGAAAAGAUGAAGCGAGUCCAUCUGAAGAUCAGGAGAUGAUCAAAGCGAGUGAUGAAGAGGAGGAGAGGAAGGACGAGGAAGAUGUGACCGAGGACCGGCAGCAGAAACCGACCCGCCGCGGACGACCCUCCAAAGCAUCCUCUGCAACAGAUGACUCUGAUACAGGAGCAUCAGAGAAAAGAGACGGAGAAAAAGAGGAUGAUGAGGAAGAGACCCAAAGCAGAGCGACGACUCGCGCCGCGUCCCGUCUGGAGGCAGAGAAGAAUAAACCCAGCAAACCGUCCACUCGAGCUCUCAGUAAACUCAGCGGGAAAGAGGAGAACUCCCCGAACACACGAUCGGUGAGGGGACGCAAGCGUGACACGAGUCCUGCUCUUCCUCGCACACGCGGAGCACAGAAAUCUGACGAGACGCCUUCAAAAAGAGCCAAACGAUGAAGUGUUAUCUGCUCCUGUUCAUCGUUAGUAGUAGUUAAAAGCUCAGAGAGUGUGGGGAAAUGAAUCUGAAUCAGAGCAGCCGAGAAUCAACAUGAUUCAGUUCUGCAGACGAAUCAAGAGACUGAUGAAGAAGAGCUGCUGUGUGGAAAUAACUCAUUCAGUUCAUCAACGCAGCUUUACACCACUCUCUGUGUGUGUGUGAGUGUGUGUCUGUGAGUGUGUGUAUGUGAGUGUAUGUGUGUCUGUGAGUGUUUG